AAUGAGGCUACAUUGCAGAAACAAGCGUCAAACGUCAGGGACCCCAAACGUCAACAAAAAGCUGUUAGCUGCUGGUAUCUUCUUACUUUGCCAGAGAUAUUUACCGCCAUGUCUAUUAAAGAUCCAUUGCUUACUGAUUUGAAAGGAAUAUUGCUGAAGCUAAAGGCAGUGACAAGACCAGUUGAUGAUGCCCAUCAGGAGACACUCCAACUUUUCACGACAAUAGAGGAUAUCUUCAAGAAGGGGCUGAAAAGUGUCAACACAGUAUUCGGGCUGUCUAAAAAGGACUACUGGAAUUGGAUAGAGCAGAUUGAACAGCAUUUCAAACAUGGCAGACCGAGUGCAAAAUUUUCACACAUGCUGGAUGCAGUCCGGAAAUCAAAGAAGGUGAAGACCAAUCUCGGUAGGGGGAGACUGUUUAUUCGACUGGCCCUCAACCAGGGGUUAUUGGGCAUUCCUAUUGAAGUCAUCACCAGCAACACAAGAUUAUUAGAGACAUGUUAUGAUCCUCUGGAGUCCAUCAUUGGCAGUGAGUUAUUAGUUGAGAGUCUCUCAUCGCUUCUCUUCUGGGCAUCAGAAAUCAAGUUUGACCUCAAUAUUAAAAAUUCAAGUUUCUUGGACGAAACGUGGCUGAUACCAAUUUACCGUCCCUUUGAGCUGGUCCCCAGUGAGUCUCUCGGGGUCGUCGUCAGACAUAUCUGGGAUAGGAUCAUCGUGGCAGAGGUCAAACCCGGGAGUGUCGCAGCAGAUGAGAACAAGAUAGAGCCCGGAGAUGUAAUGGAUGAGUUGUAUGGUGAAAGCUUGUACGCUACCGUGAGAGGAAAGAUACCAAGUUUACUGAAGGACCAUAUUGGCUGGCCGAUCAGUUUAGCCAUUGUCAAGUGUCAUCUACCGACGGGGAAGGUCUAUCCUCCUCUGAAGGCAAGGUUUGAUAAGAUGGCGGUGGAGUACCCAAGCUUUGUGGCCCCCCAGGACAGGCAUGCCAACGGGGACUGGUCUGGGUCUAUACAGGGUCUAAGACCGGGGGAGGAUGAGGAACCGCCCAUGGAGAGUAUUUCAGGGAGUUCGUUCCACAAGGUGCAGUAUAUUGGUAAAGUUUCAACAGGAGAGAACGGUGGAACAGAGGUGAUACAAGAUGCUGUUCUCAAAGUACUUAAUGAUGCCACUAAUGUCAGAAAGGAUGUAGUCGUGGAGUUGGGUGAGACCCUGGUGAUUAUCUAUGACCAAGAUACCAAAGAAGAAUUGAUGAAACACUGCUUCCCUGAGAUAGCAUCUUGUGGAAGGCGGAUGGACUAUGUCAAAUGCUUUGCGUUUGUUAUUGGGGAUACAACUUGCUCCAUAUCCAGACAGUUUUCUUGCCAUUUAUUUGAAGCCAAAACAGAAAUAGAGGUAAGUCAGAAUCUCUUUUCCCCUUCUGAUUUAACCUGAUUAUGCAGAAAUAUAUCAAGAGUAGACCUAGUUUAAUUUGCACCAAACAGACCAUGAAUUUGUAUGUUUUUUUGUGGAUGUGUACAAGUCAGUGUGUGAAAUG